AUGAAUAAUACUUCAUGUAUUCUGGUUUUUUUUGCUCUUUCUACAAUUAUUUCAAUAAAAAUUUUACCAGUAACAUGUGCAUGGACAUAUUUUAUCGGAACAAAUAUAGAUAUUGACCAACAUCCAAAAGUUCAAGAUAUUGUUGAUGCUGUUAAUUUUUGUAAUUCGAUUUUUACUUCUACUGAUUUAAAUAGGAUAUUAAGAUACCAAGAUGUAUGUGGAAAAAUAACAAAUCUCAUUAAUCAAGGCGAAAAUAUUAUUGAUAAUGUAUAA